AUGGCCAACCAGCAAUUCCAACCCUCAUUUGCCGAUACAACCGACUUCGAAAAUGCGAAGCGGGGGUUCAUUGAUGCCCUCGACCCAUGCAUUAUUCGCACUGCCGACGGUCGAAUCGUGUGGAAUAAUGAUGAAUACAACUUCCUCGCUGGCGAAUGUCCCCCAACCGCCAACCCAAAACUCUGGCGACAGGGUCAAUUGCUCAGUAUUCAAGGGCUAUUCAAGUUGACCGAAGGAGUCUACCAAGUUCGUGGACUGGACCUUUCCAACAUGACGAUCGUUGAGGGGAAGGAAGGUGUCAUUGUGAUCGAUCCACUCACUUCGGUGGAAACGGCUGCAGCAGCACUGGCGUUGUACCGCAAGCAUCGCGGCGAUCGCAAGGUGACUGCGGUCAUCUAUUCCCACUCGCAUAUUGAUCACUUCGGCGGUGCUCAGGGAAUUCUCCCGGUCGCGAAAUCGCACUCUAUCCCGCUGAUAGCUCCCGAGGGCUUCAUGGAAGAGGCAACUAGUGAAAAUCUGUACCUUGGCAAUGCCAUGCGUCGACGUGCGGCAUACAUGUAUGGCAAUCGAAUUCCUAAGGGCCCUGCAGGGCAAAUUGGCUGUGGACUUGGAAUGUGUGUUCCAAGCGGUGUCAAUUCGCUCGUCCCGCCGAACAUGAUCAUCCAUCAAACUGGCGAAGAACGUGUUGUUGAUGGUGUACGAAUUAUAUUCCAACUUGUUCCAGAGUCGGAGGCUCCUUCAGAGAUGAACUUUUACUUCCCCGACCACCGAGCUCUAUAUAUCGCCGAGUGUGCGGUGCACUCUCUCCACAACAUCAUUACCCUGCGUGGGGCUCAAGUCCGGGACGCAAAGGCUUGGUCUCAGUAUCUAGAUGAAUCUCUAGCUCUAUUCGGAGAGAAGUCAGAAGUCAUGUUGGCCGGUCAUGCCUGGCCUACUUGGGGCCAAAUCGAGAUUAAGAAGUUCAUUGGAGACCAGCGAGACCUCUAUGCCUAUAUCCACGAUCAAACGGUUCGCCUCAUGAACCACGGCAUGACAGGCAUCGAAAUUGCGGAGCACUUGAGUCUGCCGCCUUCCCUGCAGAAGUCCUGGUUUGCACAGGGAUUCUACGGAUCCGUCAGCCAUAACGUUAAAGGCAUUUAUCAGCGAUAUAUGGGCUGGUUCGACGGAAACCCAGCUCAUCUCUGGGAACAUCCGCCAAAGCAAAGUGCCAAAAGAUAUGUCGAGUGCAUGGGCGGAAUUGACGAGGUUGUCCGGAAAGCAGAAGGCUUUGCUAAAGAGGGUGACUUACGAUUCGCGGUGACUUUGCUCGAUCAUGCCGUCACGUUCGACCCAUCACAUACUGGCGCGAAGAAAGCAUUAGCAUCUGUAUUCACGAAGCUCGGCCAUGGCUCGGAGAAUGGCACUUGGCGCAACUUCUAUCUCACGGGUGCUCUGGCCUUGCUCGCGGGUAACCGACCUGAUCCUCGACAGAGCUUGAGUGUAGGGCUGAGACCAGAACAAUCUGUUGAGCAAUGGCUCACUUUGUUGGCAAUUCGCCUGGAUGGCAUUAAGGCUGCUGAAGCAUACUUUUCCAUUGAUUUCCAUCUGACAGACGAGAAGCGAUGGUGGCGAGUCAAUCUUAGCAAUGGGGCCUUGACCUACAGAAAUGCCACCAGCAAGGAUGACUUCUACGGCGAUGCGAAACUGACUUUGAAUUUGACAAAGUCUGAGCUGUUGCGGGUCCUAAAUGGAGGAAAUAUUGAGAGGAUUUCGUACAAGGGGGAUGGGAACUUGAUUAAGAUGCUUCUGUCCUUGAUGGAGAUCGCUGAGAAGCCCGGGCAGACGCGUUUGUAG